GGGGCCGCCCAGGCGGCAGCCGGGCGUGCUGUGCUCCCGUGCCCGUUAGGCACGCUCGUUUGUGUGCGUGGGGCUGUGCACCGGUGUCUAGUGCACCUUAACCAAGUGGGUCGGGAGGAGAGAGCUUUGCUCCUGGCCCCUUGUGAUGUGUGCCUCUAGGCUAGGGGGCUCUUGUGAGGAUUGGGGUGGUUAUUUUAAACGCUUCUGCCUCCAGCCUAGCCGUUGUUUGCAUGAGCGUAAUAAAAGUUGCAUGAUGGUAGUUGUUUGCUGACGAGAUAGAGUUAGCGACAUCUCAGUAGCUGUAGUAGGGGCUGUCUAUGUGAAUUUCUGUGUAUAUGUAAAAAUUAGAGGAAAAAUAUUUCUAAUUAUUUCAGUUUGUGGAGAAAACUUAACUUUUCCUGCAGUCCCGCCCUUGAUAGUUAACACAGUUGGGAUCUUCUCAUAACCCGGGAUCAAUUUUAUAUGGAUAAUAUUAGAAAUAAGUGUCUAGUCUUAAAAUAUUCAUCUAUUGCACAAAAUACACAGGCUUUUCACUGUUAAGAGAUGGAAAUUUUCAUUAGAAACUUACUCUUCCAACAUAAAGCAUUUAAGUCUUUAUUCUGCUAACUUUGUUCAAGUAUUUAAAGAUGAAAGUACUUUUCAAGUCCGUAGAUUUCAGUUGUUUUCUCUUCUGCUGCCAUAGUUGAUUGGACAGUGACUUCCUUAAUGUAAGAGUUGAUUUUAUAGUGAAACCAGGAUGGAUGACAGAAUAUAAAAUCUCUAUUAAAGGUGCACAUAAAUAUUUAGGAUGAAAAUCAGGCCAUUAAUUCCUAUUCCUAUUUUUUAAUUAUAUCUACAUUUGUUUUCCUAGUAAUGAGCCCUUUUUAUAUAUUCAGCUCUAUUCAUCUGAAAUUUUUAAAGUCAUGCCUGUGAAAUCCUUUUCGAUAAUUACAAUUUUCACUUCAUACAAAAACCAGAGGCAAAGGUGAGUGGGCUUUAUGUUCCAUUUGCUGAUGGGAAGAAAAUUAGUUCAGACACUUUAAAGGCCAGAUUAAGGACAGGUUAAAGGCAGUUUGAAUAACACAGCAAGACAUUAGCAAAAACGGAAGAAGUGACCAGUUUCCAAGCUGCUUUUUUAACCAUACACUUUCAUUGCUUUUCUCAAUACUGCAUUUUAGAACGCUGUAUUUAUUUUUCUUCUUUCAGGGUGCUGAGAGUUUCAGAGAUCAGCCAUGGGCAUUAAAGGUUUGCAGGGAUUUGUGACAAAGGUUUGUCCUGAUGCAUGCACAGUGGUAAAUCUGAAAGAAAUGGCAGAAAAUCACCGCAUCAAUCAUCCUGAUUUCCCUCCUGUUAUCGUAGUAGAUGCCAUGAGUUGUGUUAGAUACUGGUACACACCAGAAUCUUGGGUGUGUGGUGGCCAGUGGCAGGAGUAUCUUGCUAAUUUAGAGAAUUUUAUUGAAGUUUUUGUGGCAGCUGGUAUCAAGUUGGUGUUCUACUUCGAUGGUGUGGUGGAAGAAAAAAAGAGAGAUGAGUGGAUCAAACGGAGAUUGCAGAAUAACAAGGAAAUAGCCAGAAUAUUUCAGUUUAUCAAGACUCACAGGAAACAACCAGGGAGAGAAAUGUUCGUUAUUCCUUCUGCUUUGCCUACUUUUACACGUUUUGCCCUAAAGUCACUUGGUCAAAAAACAGUAUGCUCAUUGCAAGAGGCGGACUUUGAGGUGGCUGCUUAUGGAUUGCAGCAUAAUUGCAUGGGAAUUCUUGGGCAGGAUAGUGACUACCUCAUCUAUAAUACAUCUCCCUACUUUUCAAUCGAGAAGCUCUGUUUGGACAGACUGGUCACUGUUAUGUAUUCUAGAGAAGACCUUUGCCGUGCAUUGGGUCUUAGUAUGACACACCUCCCUCUGUUUGCUUGCUUGCUUGGCAACGAUGUUGUUCCGGAAAGCUUGUUGGAAGGCUUUUGGCAUAAAUGUUUAGUCAUCUCUCCCCCUAAGAACAAGAGCUACAGCAGAAGAACUAACGUACUUCUAGCAGUAGCAAAUUACAUCUCAAAAAUUCCGUGCUCAUACAGCAGCCUGAAAGACUUGGAAAAGUUGCUGCCUUUGGGAUCAGACAAGACAUUACUCUACAGAGGAAUGCAGUCCUAUCUUUUGCCUGGGCAGCAGUCUCCAUGGAUUCCUCCCAAUGUAACAAACAUCCAAAUGUUCUCCGUUCAGCCAGAAACUGCCAUGUGUCAAGAUAAGGAAAUAUUUCAGUUAGCUAAAGAACAGCACAUCCAAUCUGAAAAUUACGCAAUCUUCAAUAUCCUGAGUAAUGGAGAGAUUGAGUGCAGCAACUCUUUGGAAGACGAAUGUGAUACAGAGAUUCCUGGUCAGGCACUCAUCUACCGCCCUGCUCGUCAGCAUGUUUAUUCUGUCUUGUUGGAAUCUGGAAAAGAUGGAGCCUAUCCUUCGGUAAAAGAGUGGUUUGUCUAUUUUGGAAAUCCUUUACAGCAACCAGAGCUGGUACAACCUGUACAGCCUCCUAUUCCAGGUGGAACACCUAAUUUGAAAACACUGUGGUUUGCCAAAGGACCUGAUGUGGAAAAGCAACGGUAUAGUACAUUUCUGGCAUGCUUUCACCUUCAGGACAUGAUGGAAGAGCUCCAAGCUCUGGAAGCACCUGUUGCAGGAUUCUGCUGCUUGCUUGCGUAUCUUAUCCUGCAGGUCAAGAGCCUCUCUCUGGAGGACUUAAAUGCAUUUGUGGCACUCAUUCUCUGCCUCAGAGGGAGGUCAGCUGCUCAACUGGCAGGUUUGCAGCUUGCUCAAGUGGACUCCAGAGCUGUACAUCUUGGCGCUGUCUUUAUUCGCGGCCUUACAACUUUGCUCAUGGCCAACAGUGCCUGUGGCUUUCCAUUCAGAAUGGAUGAUUUGAUGCCAUGGAAACUGUUUGAUGGGAAACUUUUUCAAGAAAAGUAUCAGCAGUCACACCGAGGGUGUUCUAUGGAGGAGCUUUUGGAAGGCAAUGAGUCGUUGUAUACACCCUUCCAGAAUCUAAAGUCAUUCAUUUGCAAGGCUUGCAUGGCGAAGAACAGAACAAUCCAGAGCAGACAGAGGGGGAAUGGAAUUAUCACAGGAACACUUCAAAGAGAAUUCAACCCCAGGUUCCAGCAAACAUACAGAACUUCUUUUGUUCCUCCGUAUCGUAAUCAGAUGAGGAGGUUCCCGUGGAGAAGCCCUCAGCCACAAGGUAGAGAAUACAGACUGGGACCUCCAGACCGAAGGAGAAGAUGCGAGCUUCCUCCUCGAUGGCCCAGAUGACUCUGCUCAUUACUGAAAGUGGAUGAAAAUGGAUAAGAAAACAAUAAAUAUUUUUAUGAAGUACUAUAUGCUCAAGAUCAUAAAAACUUCAUCAGUAUUUCAAGAACGGUGAUGGGAAGGCUCUGAUCAGAAGCGUAUCAUGGCUCCUUGUUUUCAGUUGCAUUUUAUUUUGUAUCCUCUUUGUUUCUAACCUCUUGCUUACAGAAAUAAAUGUAUGGAAUUUUAUGAAACAGUUACUACAUAAUUUAGGUUCUGGAUACUGUUGUUUUGAGCCCUUUACAAAAGCCUUGUUGACACAAUUAUGAAAAUCAACCAUAAAAGUAAAAUGACCAAAAAGUAGACGACUUGUCAAAGACGACUGCAGAAAUUUAAUUAAUUCCUCUGUUUCUAUUACCAAAAGACGGUAAGAAGUCUCUUUUGAUAAACCUAGAUAUCAUCCUCUGCUAUGAGAGGAUGUAUGUACGUCCGCCUUGUACACAAAAGGAUACUUUUCUGUAAUGUGGAUUGUUUCCAUUAAUUUUAGCAUUAAAAAAAUUUGUGUUUGUGUCUGUGGCUUAAUAGUUCCUCCAUCAUAAGUCGCAGAAAAUGAGAAAAUUGUAACUAAAACAUUCAAGAAAUUUGUAGAAUUAAGUUUUUUUGCAUACAAGAUUGCUACAGCUUUAAUGUCCAGUCAGUUAGGAGGCGUUCAGAGCUUAGCUAAAUGCAGUGUCCUCUUUUAGAACAUGGAGAAUUGUCCUCCAUAUGCCGUUCCCUAAACAUUUAAGAUUUAUGUCAGACCUUAAAUCUGUCUUUACCCUCAAACUAAAGGCUUCAGUGUGAGGCUCUAGCCAGUAUAAUUUUGGAAGAAACUGUAAAUCAAGAGGAAACUAGCAGGCAUUUUGAGUGCGUUCAUUUUUUUAAUGGCAGUUCUUUGAAGCACAGAGGGUAAAUUUUUUUGUCCAUUGACCUCAGUGGUGAAUCAUUUGUAGAUGUUAGUGGGGCCAUAAUUUCACUCUGUACUAAUAAGAUAGUCCUAAGAGAUAUAAGUAAAGGAGCAGUGUACAGGUAAGGCAAUCGGGUAUCUCCUGUGUUAAUUUUCACUGGUCUGUUACACAUCACGCAAUCUUAAUCACUGCUUUGGAGGUAUGGGUAUUUUUAAAAUAGUACGUAUGUACACUCAAAAGUAAAUCUAUCUGUAGAAGUGUUUAGCAUGAAGAAAAUAUUUGUUAUUUUUAUAUCCCAAAGGGAAAGUUUAGCUCUAAUUUUGAAAUUUCUUUUCAAAAGGAAUACCAAAGCUACUACAGAACUUAGAUUUCUCCUCAUGGUUGGAGGAUUUAAAAUCUGUUGGUUUUGGUCCAUUCGUGUUCAGUUAAUGUUGUGUCUUAGGUCUUGUGCAGGUAACUUCUUUAAGUCAACUGUCAAUAGAACUUUUCCUAUUUAGUAUACGUGUUGUGUCAAUGGGAAUAGUAUUGUCAGACAUACAUAACAUGAUCCUGUAAUUUCCUCAUAUGUAUAUUUUUGUCUAUAUCCCAAUAAGUAUAUUCUGUCAUACUCUGCAUGUAGCAAUAGUCCAGCUAAAAACUGGCAACAGCACAGCAUUUCU